AUGCCGAUUUGUGGUGGUUCAGGCAGCUCUAAGAAGCCAAUUGAGCGUAAAAUUGUGAUUCUAGGAGAUGGUGCCUGUGGUAAAACGUCUUUAUUGAAUGUAUUUACUCGGGGAUACUUCCCAAAAGUUUACGAACCUACUGUGUUCGAAAACUAUAUACACGAUAUUUUCGUGGACAGUCAGCACAUAACAUUGAGUCUGUGGGAUACCGCGGGUCAGGAGGAAUUUGAUCGGUUGCGAUCAUUGUCGUAUUCUGAUACGCACACAAUCAUGUUGUGUUUCUCGGUAGACUCGCGGGACUCAUUGGACAAUGUGCAGCAUAAAUGGGUUGGUGAAAUCGCAGACCAUUGUGAAGGUGUCAAACUAGUUCUGGUGGCUCUAAAAUGCGAUCUAAGAAGCAAUGCGGACGAAUAUGCUUUAGACUCUGCUAUCACUCCCGGAAAUAUUCAGCAGCAACAGCAGCAAUCUUCGAACGCACGGGAAAAUGGCAGACUUAUUUCGUAUGACGAGGGUUUGGCAAUGGCCAAGAAGAUUGGCGCUCUUAGGUACCUAGAGUGUAGCGCCAAAAUGAAUCGUGGGGUCAACGAAGCUUUUACUGAGGCAGCAAGAUGUGCUUUGACAGCGCACCCAAAAGGUGCUCGUGAGGGCAACCAGGAAGAGAGCAAAAGCGGCAGCAAAUGCACAAUUAUGUGA